CCGGCCAAGAUGACUUCAACAGAAGCUAACAACGGCGAAAUCACAUCUGAAGUCGAAACACAAGUCUCCCCUGGCCCCAGGCACCAGCAGUACUCCCCCAUUGUCUUAGAAAAGUAUGAAAAAAAACCAAUUGACAUUAAGAAAAUUGCCGUGAAAAAGCUGAAAAAGUACUGCGCUUGUACCCCCCAAAAUGCCAAGCAGUAUGUCACUGGCUUCUUUCCUGUCUUGCAGUGGUUUCCCAAGUACAGGUGGAGAGAGUGGAUUUUUGGGGAUAUCAUGUCUGGGCUGAUUGUAGGCAUCCUGUUGGUGCCUCAAUCCAUAGCCUAUUCACUGCUGGCGGGGCAGGAGCCAAAAUAUGGCCUGUAUACCUCAUUUUUCGCCUGCAUUAUCUACUUCCUGAUGGGAACAUCCAAGCACAUCUCGGUGGGUAUCUUCGGCGUGCUUUGCCUAAUGAUUGGAGAGGUGGUGGAUGCAGAGCUGCAGUUUGAGGCUGUUCAGAAUUCAACAGCAAGCGAUUGCGAUGUCAGCUGUCGUUCCAUCGCUAUUGCCUCAACAGUAACAUUCAUGGCUGGAAUCUAUCAGGUGGCCUUUGGCCUCUUCCAGAUCGGCUUUGUGUCCGUCUACCUGUCUGAUUCCUUGCUCAGUGGCUUUGUCACUGGAGCAUCAUUCACCAUCCUCACGUCGCAAGUUAAGUACCUUCUAGGGAUCAAGAUCAACCAGCCCCGGGGUCCUGGAUCACUCAUACUAACCUGGGUAGAAAUCUUUAGAAAUAUCCAUAAAACCAACCUAUGUGACCUGAUAACCAGCAUUCUGUGUCUUUUAGUGCUCGUACCUAUCAAAGAAGUCAACGCAAGGUGCAAACCCAAGCUGAAAGGACCGAUUCCUGGGGAGCUUCUAGUUGUUAUCGUUGCCACUUUGAUCUCACACUACGGAAAUCUGAAUGUCAAAUACGAUUCCAGUGUCUCUGGAGACAUUCCCACGGGAUUCCAGCCACCGUCCUUCCCAGACUGGAGCAUCCUUGGCCGGGUUGCUCCUGGUGCUUUUCCCAUCGCCAUCAUCGGUUUUGCCAUCACCGUCUCCCUCUCGGAAAUGUUUGCCAAGAAGCAUAGCUACAAUGUGAGAGCCAAUCAAGAAAUGUUCGCGAUCGGUUUCUGUAACAUCAUCCCCUCGUUUUUUCAUUGCUUUACGACCAGCGCGGCUUUGGCCAAGACUCUUGUGAAAGAAUCCACGGGUUGUAAGACCCAACUGUCUAGCAUAGUUACCAGUUUAGUCUUGCUCCUCGUCCUCCUUGUGCUCGCUCCUCUCUUUUACUCGCUCCAGAAAUGUGUCUUGGGUGUUGUGACUAUUGUAAAUCUCAGAGGUGCUUUGAGGAAGUUUAUUGACUUGCCCAAGAUGUGGCAUUUGAGCAAGGUGGAUACCUGCAUAUGGUUUAUUACCAUGCUCUGCUCCGCUCUGAUUAGCACUGAACUCGGCCUCCUGAUUGGAGUCGUUCUCUCCGUCUUCUGUGUCAUUAUACGGACGCAGCUGCCGACAGCUUCUCUGCUUGGCCGUUUAGAUGGGACUGAAAUCUAUCAAGAUCUGGGGGUGUACAAGCAUCUCAAAAUGGUACCCGGAAUUAAAAUAUUCCGGUUUGAGGCCGCCUUGUACUACGCUAACAAGGAGGGCUUCAAGUCAGCACUGUAUAAGCAGACAGGAGUGAACCCCCCUCAGGUAACAAUGGCUCAGAAGAAAGCAGAGAGGAAGAUUCACUUGCGGGAAAAAAAACAGAAAGAUGCCGAGACUUGCAAGUCGUACGAGGUGACGAUGCAACUGUUUAAACCGGAGUUUGAUUUCCAGACGCUUAUCAUAGAUUGUUCGGCUAUUCAGUUCUUAGACUCUGCAGGUAUAGCCACAGUGAAGGAAACCUUUCGCGAUUACAAGCUUGUCGGCAUCCAGAUCCUUCUUGCAAACUGCAAUGCUUCAGUUAUCAAUAGUCUUCAGAGAGGAAACUACUUUGAAGGAAGUGAUAGCAACACUUUAGCAUUUUGCAGUGUUCAUGACGCUGUGACAUACGUUUUAAACAAGGGGCAGAGCAAUGGUUAGGUGUCAAGCCAGUAACUCAAUGUUAAUAUUCACUGUCACGCCACAGUGAGAAUAUCAAAAGGGCAACUUCUGUCUCUGGGACAUUUUUUGGGCAAGAAACAUGAACUAUGUCAUUUCAUGUCCAAAAUCUUUCUGGCCUUAAUCUUUUUGAGUGUGGGUUUCCUAUGCACUUGGAGAACCUGUUUUAUCACAGAUGUAAAAAUAUCCUAUGCAGCUCCUAUUAAUUAGAAUUAAACAUUCCUGUAUAAUUGCAUUCAUAUAAAACAAUGUUAAAUUCCC